AUUAAAAUGUUGAAAUACAAAUGUCUCAAAGCGGAUCUGUUCAAUAGAAAUGAAUGGUUUUAAUAAAAGUUAUCGCUGUGUCAACUUUUAUUAAAACUACUAGCCAAAAUGAUUGUGGCCUGUGAAUAAGGCCCUCCACAUAAUAUGCAUAAAAAUACAAUAUAAUGGCUUUCUCCAUCCUCAGAAACGUCCGAUUCUCAAUGUUUAUUCUGAUAUUAUUAUAGAGGAAAAUUGGUUUUGAUAAUUACACGUUAACAAGCGUCCUCUAACUAAGGCAUACUAGGACCCAACAUAUUGAUUAUGGACAACCCUGUAAUAAAAAAUAAAUAAUAAAACCGAUCAGAAUAAAAAAUUUUACCUGACGCCGAAAUGAGUGUCAUUUUGUGCUACCACUGCCUUGCGUUGUGUGUCGACAUUUUUAUUUAGAUCUAUUUACUAAAGCUGUUUUGUGUUCGUAGUUCAAUUGCCUCUGUAAAAUCAAGAAAGCUGUUAACAUAACAGCUGGCUGUUAUUACAAAAGUGAACACUACCUUUAUAUUUCUUCUGACGAUGGUCAAGCUGUAAGGUGCUAAUUAAAAACUUGACGGUUUGUAAUUUGCCUUUUAUGCCAACGAAAUGACAAAUAAUUAUGUGUACAUGAGUAUAAAGAGAGCUUCGUUUGAAUAGUUUCUAAUUAGUCAUCAAUAUUUAAUUGAUGCCGGAAAGUUGUAAUGGUUAUAAAAGCAUAGUUAUCAACACCUUACAGCUCAAAGCACGCCAAGUUGCUGACUGAAAGAAAUCGCCGCUUUAACAUAUAAUCAUAGAGAAGUAGUAAAAACGCGAAAACCUCUGAUUCCGGAGAAGCCAAACAGACUUUUAAGAUUUGUAGUUUCGUUGCAGGGUUUAAAGUUUAUUCUCCAAGACACGUUUUGUUUAACUGCUCAAUCGACAGGCAUUAAGAAGUUUAAUCUGCAUUGGUUAUAUUCGGAUCAAUAUCCUAGAGGCAGAGCAAUUAAUUUUCAUCUGGUUUCUUUGCAAGUAUAUCCUCUAAGAAAAAUUUACAGAUACGACUACAGCUCAAAGAACUUAUUCCAGUAAUAUUUGCAUUAUCGCUGAUAUCAAUUUCUAACUGAACAAGCUAUCAAUUUCUGCAUGCUCUCGUCUAUCGUCAAAGUACAAGCUCAAAGAACUUAUGGGCCACCCUGUAUAAAUCCUAAAAGUCUAUUCCCUGGGUUCCGAAAUAUAAGCCUAAAGGAAUUCCAGUAAUAUUUGCAUUAUCGCUGAUAUCAAUUUCUAACUGAACAAGCUAUCAAUUUCUGCAUGCUCUCGUCUAUCGUCAAAGUACAAGAUUAUCGUGAAAACAUAUAUAUCCUAUGCAGCAUCAUGGCUCACUAUAAUAUUAGACAGUGUUUAAAGUUUCUGACAAUAGUUGGUUGCAACCCAGGAAUUCAAAAUAGUAGACUUCAACUGGUUUUGUAUGUUUUUUCUACCAGUGGAUCAGCAAUCAUAAUUUUACUAGCGAUAUUGCUGUUUUUUUGCUCCGAGGAUGCUCUCACCAUCGAAGACAUUGCCAACAUAUUUUCUACUAUUAUCGCGUUUGUUUAUGUGAUUUCCAAACUCACCAUGAUGUACACAAAGAAACGUGAAGUCCAAGAUAUGCUAAUAAAAGUUGAUAAGUCAUUCUGGAAGAUUGACGACACGGUGAAUCCAAUGGAAAGGCAAACGUACUUGAAAAUUACAAAGGAAACAAGGCAAAUGUUUCAUUUGCUAGUAUUUCUAUUCAUGUUCUGGUUGUUUAGUACGUUUGGAAUAUACAGUACCCCGAUGGAGUCUUACAGGCCACCUUGGAUUCCUCUAACCCCGUUAAUUGCAUUUGAAAACGUAUUCUGCGUCCUACUGGUUAUCACCAUAAUCACCAUAGACGUACUUAUCAUGACAAUAGUUAUCUUGACUACCAUUCAAUUCAAGAUGGUUAGUGCAGAGGUAACAAAACUGUUCACAGAUACUUCUGAAAUGCGAUAUACGCAGAAUACUUUCAAUCAAAAGCUGAAAAAGUUGAUUGACCAUCAUAACUUUCUGCUACACUUCGCAAGUCUGAUAAAUCAAACAUUCACUGUGAGUAUGGUGGUAUACGUCGGAAAUAUCGUGAGCCUUCUUUGCAUUUACAUGUAUCAUUUAUCUAUUAUGACUACCCCAAAUAUCUACACCAUCAGAGAUUUUUUUGUACUACUGUUGACUCUGUAUGGCUUUGUAAUAUGCUAUUGUUGGCCCGCACAAAAUUUUGCAGAUGAGAAUGAAAAAAUCAGAGACUCCGUCUACUCUUCAAACUGGUAUGAAUAUUUGAGGUUUUCAAAACCUAUCCUGAUGAUAAUGAAGAGGUUAGAAUUGAAGGUUUCAAUAUCAGCGGGCGGUAUAGCUAAUAUCAAUUUAGAAACAUGCUUGAAGUCCUGAAGAGGACAUCUAGUAGAUGUCGAAAUGUCGGCCUUACAGAUAAAGUGCAUUAUUAAGAAUCUUGAGCAUUGUAUCCCGAAAUCCGAAGAAAAGAAGUAGAGAAACAUCAAGGGAAACAUUGCAUUUGACAUGCUGAUGCCGAAACCCUACGUCAGGAUUUGGAGCAAGGGUAAGAGUAUUGCCCCUUUUCUGUAUACUGUUGAUUCAUUAGCCAACAGAAGAGGCACGCCUGUAAAAUACUUGUAUAUUGAAUAAAAUACUAGUCGGAC